AUGCGAGUCGGUGGGAGAAUCGAGCAAUCUACACUCAACUACAACGCCAAGCACCCGAUUCUGAUACCUAAAGAUACACCACUAGCUGGACUGGUUCGACAUUUUCAUGUCUCCUAUCUGCACACUGGAGUUGAUGCAACGUUCACCAAUCUUCGUCAGCAGUACUGGAUUCUGGGAGCCCGCAAUCUCGUCAGAAAGGCAGGCUUCCAAUGCAAAUCCUGUUUUCUUCAACGAAAGGGCACAAGCAACCAGAUCAUGGGAGAGCUACCAAUUCCUCGAGUUCAAGCUAGCCGCUGCUUUCAACACACAGGGCUGGACUACGCUGGACCGAUCGCAAUCAAGGAAUCAAAGGGAAGAACUCCACGCAUCGGAAAGGCAUGGUUUUCUAUUUUCGUGUGCCUUACUACAAAGUCACUUCACAUCGAGGUUGUUAGUGAGCUAACUACACAGGCUUUCAUCGCAGCCUUUCAACGAUUCAUUUCCCGCCGAGCGAAGCCUACUGACCUGUAUUCGGACAAUGGAACUACAUUUCAUGGAGGCAAGCAAACUUUGGAUGACAUGAGACGUCUGGCCAUUCAACAAGCAAAGAUGAGGCACUAG